CAACAACCGUGUGAAUAUCCAAAAUUGUGUAUGAUCUCCACGUCAACCUUACGGAGCAUUGAGCAAAACGGGGACAACAACAAUAUUUCACUUUAUAUUUUAAGAGAAAAGGCUAAAUAUUGGGUAGAACGACGAGUUGCAAUAAUAUUUAAAUUUGAUCAAUAUGAAGUUAAUAUGGCUGCUGGUGCUCUGUGCACUUAGUGUGGUGGAUAUGAAACCAGUUCAGCCAGUUUCUUCUGAAGAGAAGUUGGAGGAUGAUAUGGACACUGGACUAGAGUAUGACAAAUAUUUGCGCCAAGUUAUUAGUGUUUUAGAGAAGGAUCCUGAAAUGAGGAAGAAAAUGGAAUCUAGUAAUCUCGAGGAUCUAAAGAGUGGAAAACUUGCUUUAGAAUUGGACCAGAUGCCAGGUCAUUUCCGCAGUCAGCUUGAUGAACUCAAACGUAUGGAAGUACAGAGACUUAGAGCUGUUGCUAAGCAGAUGGUCGAAAAAGAAGCUGGGAUCCCAGGAAGUAAUCCCAAAGAAAGUUUUGAGAAUCUUGUUGGGCAUGUCGAUCCUAAAAAUCCAGACACCUUUAACGAAAGAGAUCUCACAAAUCUUCUGCGCAAGGCAACAAGUGAUUUAGAUGCUGCAGAUAAGAAACGACGUGAAGAAUUUAAAAACUAUGAAAUGGAAAAAGAACUUCAAAGAAGGCAGAAAUUAAAAGAAAUGGACGAACAGCACCGUAAGGCUGCCGAAAACGAAUAUCAAGAUCAGAAGAAAAAACUCAAAGAACAUGACAAAAUAAAACAUCCAGGUAGCAAAGCCCAGCUUGAGGAAGUGUGGGAAGAAACCGACCAUCUCGACAAGGAGGACUUCAAUCCAAGGACGUUCUUUGCCUUGCAUGAUACCAAUGGAGAUGGUAACCUCGAUCCAUUUGAACUUGAGGCUUUAUUUAUCAAAGAGGUUGAGAAAAUAUACAAAGAUUCAGUAGCUGACCCAAAGGAAAAAUUUGAAGAGCUGGCCAGAAUGAGAGAACAUGUUCUUGCAGAGAUUGACUUAGAUAAGAACAAACUAGUCAGCAAAGAGGAGUUUUUGAAAGCUACCGAUGAGAGCCAGUUUGAAAAGGACGAAGGAUGGGAAGACUUAAUCAAGGAUCUUCAACAGGAAGAAAUGUUUGAGGAAGAGGAAUUGGAAGGCUAUGAGAAGACAUUGCAAGAGAAGGAGCUAAAGCGACAGAAACAACGGGAAGAGUUUGAGGCUCGCAAACAAAAGAUGCAGAUGGAGCAGGGCACCUUGCAGAAAGAUAUAAAACAACAACAGCAGGCUGUUAAUAUGGAACAGGUUGUUUUGGACCAGGCUGCUGCUCAAAAGAAACUGACAGAAAUGCAACAGGGAAAUGAUAAACUCAAGUUUGACCCAGCUAACAAUGCUAUUGAUCAGAAGAAGCAGGAACAGGCUCAACAACCAAUAGUAAAUCAAGAAGCUCUAAAAUUACAACAAGAAGCUAAAAUAAAUGCAGUCAAUGCUAACCAGGCGCAAAUCCCCCAAGCCAAUCAAGUACCACCACAAGGCAAUCAAAUCCCCCAGGCCAAUCAGGUCCCACCACAACAAGGUAAUGAAGUCCCCAUGGCUGCAGGGCAACAACCACCGGCCGUACAACAACCGCAGGCCGGGCAACCACCACAGGCAGGGCAACAACCAGAGGCUGGGCAACCACCACAGGCAGGGCAACCACCACAGGCAGGGCAACCACCACAGGCCGGGCAACCACCACAGGCUGGGCAACCACCACAGGCUGGGCAACCACCACAAGCAGGGCAACCACCACAAGCAGGGCAACCACCACAGGCUGGGCAACCACCACAAGCCUAACCGCAAGACACAGCAGCACAGAAAGUAGUGCAUGAUGAUGGUGAAAAACAGUAAAAAGGGACAUUCUGAACUUUGGAUAACAUUAAUUGGUGCAAUUAAGCAUAAUAGACAAAUGAAAAAGAAUUAAAUACAGUACAAGUUUAUUUUUCUAUUUCCUAUACAUGUACCAAUUCUAAAUUAUAAUGCCUGGAAUUCCUUAAAUCAUCUACAUAAAGUCAUGAUGGUAUGGUAUAUGGUUAGACUAUAAUGUUGAAAAUAGCUGAUAUUCUUUAAUGAAAAAUGAUUUCUGCAAUAUUAAACUUGUUUGUCUGCACAUUUUGUUUGUAUUAUUGAUUAUUUGACUAAUAGGGCUAAUAAUAGGGGUUUAUGGUCAUGUGAUUUAUCAUAAUUUUAAGUAUUAUGCAAUUACCUUGAGGAGAAUGUGGGACCACCCAUGGAGUAUACCAACUUGACCUCAUAGCUCAGUUGAACUCUGAACAUCUGAGAGUCUUGUUUUUAAUUUCAAUAUAGAACAUAUAUAUUAAUUCUUGAGGUUAUUCUGCUAGUUCAUUAAUUUUGCAAUUUUUGUCAGCUACACUACAACCUACUCUUAUUAUUUUUAAAAAUUUUUGUACAGUAUUUGAAAAUCAUUGCAGUAUACAUUUCUGGUUAUUUAAAUGUUCAAAAGUACUGUACAGUUAUUAAAAGUGACAAUACAAUUUUUGUGAAGAGUUGUCUUACUUUCAAAAUUGUUAAUGUAUGGAUUCAUUGAAUGAUAUUUUUAUCUGGACGCCUUUCACCGACCGACUGUUAGCCGAAGUUUGGUCCUGAAGGAUUUAAAAAUAAGCAUCUUUCUACCAAUCUACAGCUUUAAAAUGUUAAUAAUUUAACAAUUAAUUGCUAAUUAUUGUAAAUUCCCUAAUAUAUUAAAAAUUACAAUUUUUGCCCAUAUAUGGUCACAGUUUUAGUCACUUCUGGUACAGUUUUUAGCAUAUUUGUUCUUUGUGAUAAAUACUGUAUUUUCUCAUUUUAAAUAAGCCCACCUCCUAAUUUAUGCACAAUUUUACAUACUAAUCUUUCCUCAGGCAAAAAAUCAAUGAUUGGCUUUAAAACAGCCAUGCAAUGCCUUUUGCUUUGAAAAGGAGGUAUCUGGGUACAGUAUAAGCUUAUACCAGAGGAAAUAUACAGUGGUAGAUACUGUAAGUUAAACUUUUCACUAUGUUAAUAUAUUAAAAGGAAAAAAAAGGAUUGCAAGGAUGAUUUUUUUUGCAGUCUGACAGUGCCAUUUCUGGGCUUCUAAUAAAGGUGCCUAUUCUAAAAAAAAAUGUCAUCACCUCAGCCUCAAUCAUGGUGGGCCUGAGGUGGGCGUGGCCUUUAUUUGGUACCUACACUUUUUCCUCAUAGAAUAUAGUGCCCCCAACAUCAUUAAACGAAUCUUCCGGAAAUGGGUUCUUCCAACUUGGGACCCCUGAGUAUGUUAUAACAUAUAGGCAGGUAACAGGUGUCUAAUGCCCAUAUUUAGUCAAUAUGUGCCUGUUUAUGGUCAUGAUGUGAUGUCAUCAUGACCAUAUUUAGGCUUGUCACAUGUUUUUUGUCAAAUUAAAUUUAUAUUCUAGACUUUGUUUAAAAAUGUCUUGAGUAUGUGUGGUUUCAAAAGGAAUGUUUAAUUUAUGUCUUUAAAGGAAUAUAAUUUUAGUACGUAUUGCAUUUGUCAUUUACUUAUUAUGCACAAAGAAUUAAACUUUUUGGCACAUAUGAUGCAUAUUAAUCGCAUGAUGAUAAACAUGUUAACUGUCAACUACUAGUAUUUGUAUUACAAUGCAAGUGUGGGCCACCAGGAAGGUUCUCAUGGUGUAUUUUCAAUUAAAAAUGCUGACACCUUGUCAACUCAACAAUAAAAUGUGGCAGUAAUCAUAACAUGGUAAACACUUUUUUGUUGAAAGAUUUACUACCAACUUUUUAAGUGCUAAUACUGUUUGUAGAUUCUAACUUCUAAUAAAUGAUUAUACAGUACACAGUACUGUAUUUAUCAUUUAAAAAUUCUGGUUGAUAGUAAAGACUGUCUUGUAUUUUUUAUGGAAAUAAAAGUGCUAGAAAACCAAGUAUCUAAUU